UUUGUUUUAUGCCGGUUCGUUUUUAUUCAUUGCUCGUCUAAGGUUGACGACUGUUAAACGGUUAUAUUUUACGGACGAAUUGAAUUUUUACAAAAAAUAAUAACCAAAUCAUGUCUUUCAUCGGACGUACACUAUUGCGCAAUGUGCCGCUGCUGAGCAAAGCCAUUGUUGGUCAGCAUAAACAAACAGCGCGUCUGCUACACCAGACUGCUGCACUGUGCGCCGUGCGUGUGCAGCAGCCGGCACCAGAUUUUAAAGGCUUGGCGGUGGUCGGCAAUGACUUCCAGGAGAUCAAACUCGAAGACUUCAGAGGCAAAUAUCUGGUGCUGUUCUUCUAUCCGUUAGACUUCACAUUUGUUUGCCCAACGGAGAUUGUUGCAUUUAGUGAACGCAUUAAGGAGUUUCAGGACAUCAACACCGAAGUUGUGGGCGUCUCUGUUGACUCGCAUUUCAGUCAUCUGACUUGGUGCAAUGUGGAUCGCAAGAAUGGUGGCGUCGGCAAACUUCAAUAUCCGUUGCUUUCGGAUCUUACCAAGAAGAUAUCCGCUGAUUACGGUGUGCUGCUCGAGAGGGAGGGUAUCUCGCUACGCGGCACAUUUAUCAUUGAUCCCAAAGGUGUUUUGCGACAGUACUCCAUCAAUGAUUUGCCAGUGGGCCGCUCCGUGGAUGAGAUAUUGCGUUUGAUUAAAGCUUUCCAGUUUGUCGAGGAGCAUGGCGAAGUGUGCCCAGCCAAUUGGAAUCCAAAAACAAACCCGGCUACCAUCAAGCCAGACGUGGAGGAGUCCAAGCAGUACUUCAGCAAGCAUGGGUAAAUCACUACACUGAACAUUCAACAUUCAUCACAAAAAAGACUUUAAAUAAAGCUCUAACAUAAUA